GAGAUUUUGAUUUCUCGUAGGCCCCCGCGUUUAGAAAGACGAGGUAGCCAUAUUGUAGUGGGUAGCUAACUAAGAAUAGCAAGGCAGAUAAGCUCAAAACAGUGAUAGCCAUAGAUACAUUCUUCAAAGAAACGUUCAGUGAGUACGGGGCGAGUUGAAUUUGUAGCUAUCAACCAGAAAGUUCGGGGGAGACACCAUGAGUGGCGGAACCCCUUAUAUCGGGAGCAAAAUCAGCCUAAUUUCGAAGGCCGAAAUUCGUUACGAAGGGAUUCUUUAUACUAUUGAUACUGAGAAUUCAACUGUCGCACUUGCAAAAGUUCGGUCAUUUGGCACUGAGGAUCGGCCCACUGACCGGCCUAUCCCGCCCAGGGAUGAGAUAUUUGAGUACAUCAUCUUCAGGGGAAGUGACAUUAAGGACCUGACGGUGUGCGAGCCACCGAAGCCGACAUGCUCUCUCCCCCAGGACCCUGCCAUUGUCCAGUCCUCCAUGGGCUCGGCCCCUCCCCCCACCCCGCCCGCAGCUCCCUUCCAGUCGGUGGGCUCCUACGGCCUGUUCAACCGAGCCCCAGUGCCUCCGUACAGCCAGUUCAGCACCAGCCCCCUUGUGUCUCCGCAGUUUGGCGCCGUCGGUGUCAGUAAGGGCCACAGCAGCACAAGGCCUGGAUAUGGAAGAUCAGUGCCCUCUUCCUUUGGGAGUGACACAAGCUCAUCUGCACCCCAGUCUCAAAGCGGUGCUAUUGGCGCUGCUCUCCCCAGUGAUUCGCACUCUCUGGGUACCGCUCCCAGCCUUGUAUCAGAAGGUAAAAGAUCCACAGGAGGCCGCACCAGCCCCUCUGUGGACCCCCUGAGGAAGAGCCCCACCCAGGAGCAGUCUGUCCAGGCAGCGCCGUCGGCCCCCUCCGCUCCGGCCCUUGGUUUGGGCCGCCGGAGCCCAGCUCCUGGUCGCACGGCCCCGUCGGCGGCGGCCGCCACUCACGCCCACCAGAAAGCCCAGCAGCCGCAUCAUCAGGAUGGCAACGAACCCAGGAGGACCGGUGAGACUGUCUGUGGGACCCGCAGAAACCAGGCCUGGCCUGCGGCCUGCAAUGGGCCCGGCUCUCACCAACACUACACCGCUGUAGAUAGGGCUCCAACUGCAGGUCUUAUCCACUCUGUCUUUAGCUAUGCAGCUGGCGGCCCCCCACCGCAGCGGCGUGGUCGUGGUGGGGGACACCGUGGGCGGGGACGCUUCAACGUGCGCAGAGACGGUCCCAUGAAGUUUGAGAAGGACUUUGACUUUGAGAGCGCCAACGCCCAGUUCAACAAGGAGGAGAUUGACCGGGAGUUCCAGAGCAAGCUCAAGCUGAAAGAUGAGAAGACUGAGAAGCCAGAGGUGAAUGGGGAGGAUAAAGGAGACUCUGGGGUGGAGACCCAGAACAGCGAGGGCAAUGCUAACGAAGUAGGAGGGGAGGCACUAACACCCAAUGUUUACUACGACAAGUCAAAGUCUUUCUUUGACAACAUCUCCUGUGAUGACAGCAGGAAGGCUGCAGAAAGGUCUGGAGGAGGCUCAGGGUUCCCGAGGGAACGGAGGCAGACCUGGGCCGAGGAGAGGCGGAUGAACGCGGAGACGUUUGGCAUCCCCCUCCGUGGGGGCCGGGGCCGGGGGGGAUACCGUGGGCGCGGUGGCAUGGGCUUCCGUGGAGGCAGGGGCCGCUCGGCCAGCCGGGGGUCGUUUGGCGCCCCUCAUGGAGGGAACGGCUACAGGGGGGGAUACAACAGAUCGAGCCAGGGUGGACGGGAGUUCUCGGAGAACUUUGAGUACAGGAAGGAUAACAAAGUGGCUGCGUAGUACUACAGGAGGACGGCUUCACGGAGCGGGUGCAACGCCUCGUGUUUGAAUAUAGUUUUAGUUUAUACUUUUGACUAAAAAAAAAAAAAACGAAGAUUGUGUACUAGCUGUAUAUUUGUCACCAGCACUGGGGUUAACUGCUUGAAUGCAAACAUUUUUUCCAUAUCUUUUUAUGAUGGAAAUAAUGCAGUCUGUCAAACACAAGUGUCAAGACCUUCAAACUAUGUCCAGAUGGCUGACAUCUUUUGUAUAAAUAUAAUAUUUCAGAGAUGUCAGUAUUAUAAUUCAGCAGAGUUUUUUUUUUUUUUUUUUUUUUCCCUCCUAAAUCUUUAUUGGAUAAAAUAAUGUUUUGGGGGGCUGUAUGCAUGAGCUGUCCUACUGAGAGGAUCACUGACAUUCUUUGGGAUAUUAUCCUGUAAUAUAACUUAAGCACCAAAAGAGCCAGUAGGGUCUCUCAGCUUUCUACCGUGUAUUUUUCUACUACACCUACUGUACCUGGAACUUUGGCUAGCCAUCUAUCCCAGUUCUCCAAAUGCGAGUGCUCGCAGUUUUGGUAGAUAUACCCUACCAAAACUAUUUUGUUUACUUCUAUAUUCUGUUUCGUUUACUUAUUUUUAGGUGUUGAUUUAAUUAGAGCUUUUUCAUUCUUCUGUUAACCUUCAUCGUUUAAAUCAACAUGGAUUAAUCUGUAUUGGCUUAUACUCAUACUCUACAUUGUAGUGAGUGGAGGAUAGUGAUGGUGCUGGAUGUACACUUAGCUAUGCUCUUCUGGUUUUGUGAUAAUUUACUCUGGAUGCUUAUUAGAUAUAUGAAUGGAUGGGUCAGUAAUGGAGCAUAGGUCAGAACUUCUCUCUUUCCAUUUUCCAUAUAAUGCCCUGUGCUCUGGGUCUACUGGUGAAGUGUAAUUAGUGUAUAAUUCUGCUGUUUGCCACAAUUAUAUCUCUAGAGUCAACUAUGUAAACUACUACAACAGCUAGCUAAAGCAGGCUAUCAUUCAAAUAUGCAAAAUGGGCUAGUUACUGGGAUACAAUUUUGUUUGUAACCCUUCUAUGGAGCUUUCUCAAAUAUUCACUUUUACUACUUUUUACCCCAACAGUUGCUUCUGAAUUGGUUAAAACCUGAUCUUAAAUUCCACAUUCUGAUUCCUGUCAAAGAAAAGGGAAUGCCAGAGGGACAUUCACCCACCAACGUUAUGUUGUACUUCAGAUGUCUGACACAGAAACAAUGUCAAAUCUAAGCUCUUGACACAAUGCCACUAACAUGGUCAUAAGCACUGCAUGGAGAUCGAUAGCCUGCUAAAGCUACACAAGUGACUUAGAAUGUUAGGUGAUCGUAGACAAAAUAGGCACUAGUAAUGUUUUAAUUUUGGAGGAUUUGAAAGAGAAGGAAAAUUGGGUACCUGACUGAAUUGUCUAAUGCUGUCAUAUAUCUUGGCAUGAUAAAGUUAAAAGCAAUAGUUAAUUUUGGGAUUAGGUGUCUUGCAGGAAACACAUACAGUUGCACUUACUAUUUGAGAUGUUUUAUGAAGUUGUCUUCUUUUCUUUCGUGAAUCCUGAUGUUGCAUUCCAGUUUUGCCAACUGUGGAUGACUUGAUGUUGUGAGUCCCAAAUGGCACCCAGUUCCUCACAUGGUCCGCUACUUGGCUCUGAUCAAACAUAGUGCAUUUAAUAGGGAAUAAGAUGGUAUUUUGGAUGCACACAAUCUAAUCAUGGUACCUGACCCCAGUGUGAACAAGCCUUGAAAGUAGGAGUUUAGUGUUUCUUUUGAUUCUUGGGAUAUUGUUCCUUAAUGUAUAUUUUAUGGAUGUAUGCAUAUGGCUUUGGCUCCAGAAAAAUUCCCUAAUGUUGUGUAUGGACUAAAGGAUGAUCGUGCAAAGCAAGCCUGUUUAAACAUGAGUGGACCGUCCUGUUAGAUCAGGCAAGUCCAAAGCUACUGUCACUGUACCUCAAGUGUCCUCCAAAAUGGUAGAGGAUGACUUUCUCUUGUUGUGCCUUAAUGCCAGUGAAUACAUGAAUUACUACUAACAUGUGAACUAACAUUGGAUUGAAUAAAUAAUGGCAGAAAUAAAUAAAUGUCAUGUAAAUAAAAAAAAAUAGAAUUUGUGAUCAUUGGUUUAUGCUAAUGUGCUUUUGCACAGCGCUAGUGGUGGAGUAGGUACUCCCAUGAUUUGAAAAUGUAACAGAUUUAUUUAACUGUAAAUGUCAAUUGUAUUACAUGAUGGUAGUUAUUCCCUGGCAUUGAGGGCACUAUUUUGGGAUUAUUUAAUUUAAAAUAAUACCGGACAUCUACAUAAAAGCCCCCUGUCUUAUACAAUCCUUUAAGUAUCCCCCAUAUUAUUUUUGCAAUCUUACCAGUCAUUCCUGGAAAGCAUUUGUGUAGAUUGUCAAAAAACAAAUUUGGCACCUCUCAUAGAAACAUCCUAAUUUUGUUUUGUAAGAAAAUUAUUGAUAGGGAUUCUGAAAGUCCAAUGCAUCCUAGUGUAGGAAGAAAGUCAGUACAAUAUACUGGGAGUUGAGAUGGGGUGAAUUCAUAUUGUUGUUCUGUACCUUCAUUUCACUCUGGAUUGUAAAACAAAUGCACAGAACUGGGCAUGAUUAUAACAAGCCACUUUAUUGCAACACAAAGCAGCUAAGAUAAUGUGGAAUAAUAAAUAAAUGUUUGCUGUGGGUAAUUUGAGCGUCAAACAUUUUAA